GUUACGAGUACAUGAGCGACAGCCUUGGGCGUUGUGUCUUGGUGGACCACGGUGCCAUGUUCCCCGAAGGGACCAUCAACUUGGCCAACGCGCAGCGUGGCGCCAACGGUUUCUGGGAGCUGGCCAACUUGUGGCAGGGCUACUGCGACCGUCGCGCCGUGGCGCUACGGCAGCAGCACGACCGGCAGCUGCAGCGCCUGCGCGCCGAGGGCCGCGAGCGCGAGCGCGGUGCCCUGGAACUGCGAGAGGCCCUGGAAGAAGAGCUGCAGGAACACUGGAGUCGCAACGCCGAUUCCAUGCAGGUGCUGCUGCAGAUGGACCGCCACUCAGAUCGUUUAGCGCUUCUGCUGCAGCUGCUGCAGCAGGAAGCGCGGCGCCUGCGGGCCUUGAAGGCGGUAGCCCAAUCCACCGGGUUGGAGGCGCAGGCUUAGGCAUGGCGGCGCCAUGGCGGGGCCAUGGCGGAGCCAUGGGCGUUCCCGAAAAUGGGGGAGCUGCCAUGGCCAUAGGAUGCCAACUUGGGGAGGUUUGGUGGAUGAGA